AUGAGCCGAUCAUCUGUGCGCAGCCGCCGGCUCGUAUCACUGGUGCAAGCUACUGCCCUGCCGCCCUCGGCAUGCGCUGCUGCUGAAACAAUACCAACGCUUAACACCAACUUUAUAUGCACAGUUCUGCACACAAACAAAAUUGAGUUCGGCGUUCGAAACUCAAAAAAUUCGAAAAAUGUCAAAACGAACAAGCAAUUUUACAACGCGAAGCGCGCUACAGUGUUUUUCGCGCUCGGCACCGGCUUGUCGGCUGACUGCCGCAAACUCCGCGAAAAAUCAAUAGCCACCCCUAACUUGGACGCCGCAUGCGGAACUUGGCUAAAAACCGACACUCCUCACCCAUUUCCGUAUUAUGUAACGUUGUUAGAUAGAGAUGGAUGUAUUUUUCAUCUAUCACCCCUCGAACAUCCCUCUAUGGAUGGCCAAUCGUGCUCGCCGGAAAAUUAA